AAAUCAGGGAAGACGGGAAAUGCUGUGUGAAAAUAGCAAUCCAAAAGUUCUUAGUAAACUGCUGCCAGAGAGACUCAGUUUAGGAUGGAGGUAGGAAGAGCUGAGACAGAGUGGGCUUAAUUCUAAGCUUUUCUUCGGGCUGAGUUUCUGUUGCUUGUUAACUUAGAGAAUUUACAGAUACAUGCUUGCUGGUGGUGUGAAGGCUGGGACAGAACCAACAUCAACAUUCUGAGCUAGAGUUUGGAAUACCAGUGUGUGUGUGUGUGUGUGUGUGUGUGUGUGUGUGUGUGUGUGUGUGAAUUCAGAGUGUUUUUAAGGAAGAUAAAGAGCCUCGCACAGAUCUUACCUUCAGCACCUAACUGAUAACCAGAAGUUACAAAGCAGCAUCUUGAAGGCACAUUUGAAGAGAGAAGUCUUGAGAUGACUCCAGACAAUUGUUCCCACCUGAACUUAGAAGUGGACCCUUUCCUGUCCUGCAAUGACACCUUCAAUCAAAGUCUGAAUCCCCCCAAGAUGGAUAACUGGUUUCACCCGGGAUUCAUCUAUGUCAUUCCUGCAGUUUAUGGGCUUAUCAUCGUGAUAGGCCUUAUUGGCAACAUCACGCUCAUCAAGAUCUUCUGUACCGUCAAGUCCAUGCGAAAUGUGCCAAACCUGUUCAUCUCUAGCCUGGCUUUGGGAGACCUGCUGCUGCUGGUAACAUGUGCCCCUGUGGAUGCCAGCAAGUACCUGGCUGACAGGUGGCUAUUUGGCAGGAUUGGCUGCAAACUGAUCCCCUUUAUACAACUGACUUCAGUGGGGGUGUCUGUCUUCACACUUACGGCACUGUCAGCUGACAGGUACAAAGCCAUUGUUCGGCCAAUGGAUAUCCAGGCAUCACAUGCCCUGAUGAAGAUCUGUCUCAAAGCUGCCUUGAUCUGGAUCAUCUCUAUGCUGUUGGCCAUCCCAGAGGCUGUGUUUUCUGACCUCCACCCCUUCCAUGUGAAAGAUACCAACCAAACCUUCAUUAGUUGUGCCCCCUACCCACACUCCAAUGAGCUGCACCCUAAAAUCCACUCCAUGGCUUCCUUUCUGGUUUUCUACGUUAUCCCACUGGUGAUCAUCUCUGUCUACUACUACUUCAUUGCCCGAAAUCUGAUUCAAAGUGCCUACAAUCUUCCUGUGGAAGGCAAUAUACAUGUCAAGAAGCAGAUCGAAUCCCGGAAGCGGCUUGCUAAAACCGUACUGGUGUUUGUGGGCCUCUUUGCCUUCUGCUGGCUCCCCAACCAUGUCAUCUACCUGUACCGUUCCUACCAUUACUCUGAGGUAGACACCUCCAUGCUCCACUUUGUCACCAGCAUCUGUGCCCGCCUCCUGGCCUUCACCAACUCCUGUGUGAACCCCUUUGCCCUUUAUCUGCUGAGCAAGAGCUUCCGGAAGCAGUUCAAUACUCAGCUCCUCUGCUGCCAGCCUGGCCUGAUGAAAAGGUCCCACAGCACAGGCAGAAGUACCACCUGCAUGACUUCCUUCAAGAGCACCAACCCCUCGGCUACCUUCAGCCUCAUCAACGGAAAUAUCUGUCAUGAGGGGUAUGUCUAGACUAACCUUCAACCUUGCCUCUUAAGGAACUCCCAGUAUUGUUCUACAGAUGUCCAGGAGCCCUGGAAUUGACUGCUGUCUCUAAUACCUUCCAAAGACUCCUCAGGAGGAUGAGUGAUACAGUCGGGUGGGAGAGAUGCAUCAAUCACCAUUGUAUCUUAAAGUAAGCCAGCAGGCUUCAUUUUCCAUCUCAACUGUGAGGACUUCUUCUGAUGGAGAUCAAAUCUUCCUUUAAAAAAAAAAACAAGGAACAAAUUGGAAGUUAUUAUUCAAAGCACCAAGCCCUGCUAGGCAAGUAUGGUCAAUUAAGUCUUAGAAAUUAUAUGAACAAAGAAAGCAGAGAAACCUUGCAUUGGGUAUCUGCUCUGUGAGUUAUUUUCUUUAAACAGAAGCUGAUUGCUUUCAAAACAUGUCUUGGCUCUUUUUUUUCCCAGAAAUAUCUAUAAUAUGUAAACCAAGGGACAACUUUUAUUUACAUUCCUAAAAUGAAAAGCCAACUCUAAAAAAGAGUCCCAUGUGUGAGGAAUGGACUCCAUUUAUAACAUUGGAAGCCAGUGUAAUAUAAAACAAACCACUAAAUAUUGACUUUUUCAAAGAUGUUGCUGAGGACACAGAAGAAACACUAAAUAGAAAAUGUUAAGGCACAAUACAACCAAACAUAGAUCCAUGUACGGCUAUGGAGCAAUGGCUUAUGCUCAAAUUUCCUAUUUCAUAGAAAUUCUGAUUCUUGUUAACCCAAUUCUGGUCAUUAUAGUGUCAUUCUACCAUAGAAGAGAGAUCUUUUUGUGGGGAAAAAGGCUUAUUUUAUCUAAGUAGUAACUAUUAUGCAUGUAUAAAGGAUGACAUUUAUUCUUGAUAUACAUGUUUUGAAUCAAGUAUAUUUGCUUAGGGUUAACUGUCCUUGCUGUAGUAAAGCAUUAGUUUCAAUACAAGAAAGAUAAUUUUUCUGUGCAGAAAUAAAAUCAUGUCUAUAUUGAAUGUAUAGUUCCACCUAAAGUGUGCAAAGAAAAUUAGUAUAAUUUUACUAAUGUGACCUUGUGUCUGAGCAUGUGUUAAAAAGGAGCCACAGAAAGCUUAAAUUGUUGAACUGACCAAAAAAGGUACAUAUUUGUUUCCACUUAAAAAUGUGUGUGAAAUAGCCCACAUGCAGAAAAGAAAAAAGACUGGACUAAUGGCUCCAACUCUUUCUAAAGUCAUAGAAAUGGCUCUGUAAUACAGUUGGGACUGUCUUAUUUGAGAAAUUCUGCUUUUACUGUUUCUGAACUCAAAUAUGGGCCAAUCCUGACAGACUGUAAAUAUGAGAACCCACUUGAAUCUAAAUCCAAGUUGUACAAGUGUCUCAUAGUAUGUAUCCCUUAAAUCCUAAGGCGACUUUAGUUCAAGCUUUCUUGGCCUGGGUGGGAUAUAAACAGCAAGCACAUAGCACAUAUAGGAAAGCCUUCUGUGGCUGGAUGUGGAGAAGUACUGGCUGGCUGUGGAGCAUUAGGCAUUAGGACCAAGGCAGUGUAUCUGUGGUUACAGUUGGAACAAAACCUCUCCACUCCUGCUUUCUCUGGGUUCUUAUGUACUAUAAACACUAGAUUUCCUGGUAGUCCCUAACUACAUUUCACUUUUUGAAAAGACAGGCAGACAGUGGGGGUAAAGAACCAAAUGUCUUAAUAUCCUGCUUUAACUAUAUGACUUUGGCUAUCUGGCUUCCCCCAUAUAGGCUCCUUUUUCCAUGAGUGAGAAGAGAAAGCUAAGUCCCUUCUCUUGCUAGGGUUCUCCGAGUCUCCUCAUCUCCUUCAGUUCUGUCUUGAGAGCAUGUGUGUGGCCCACCUCCUUAACAGUUAAUACACUUCGGCUUCUCUUACAACCAUGAAUUUUUGGAGAACCCCCUCAACCAUUCUUCCAUGUUCCUGUGCACAUGGCAGAAUGAAAGAAGUUAGGUUGUUCUGCUACUCAGGGACUCCUUGGCAUCAUUCAUAUUAAUAAAGUCCCGUGAGCUUGCAAUGUAUUAUAAUUAGAGCUGAAGGAUACAUAAGAAAAUGUGUGGUCCGAUCUUCUCACUAGUCAAUGGGAAUUCUUGUUCUUCAUUCUUCCUCAGUUUUCACAUGCCUGCUCUCUUGAAAUAACUGUGUCCCAACUUUGCUCAUUAGCAAAAUGCCUCAAACCUUCAAAACCCCUGAAUACAAAUGGCUCAUUGCCUAAAUAGUUGCUAACAUAGACAGCAUUCUGGGUGUCUAAAAUUCUGGUAUAUGGAACUUAAGGUAGUAGUUUUAGCAUCUCUGCUAUACCUGUGUCUAGAGACGAUUUAGGAGCUGGAUUCAGCUUCCUGUCUCUUUCAGUCAACAUCAGGGCACAGACAAUGUGUCUCUUUACUAGCUACUAGACAAACAGAGAGAAGAGCACGGUCUGAAUAUUGCUGUGUGUUCUAAGACAAAUCUUGUUACUUCCUUGUGAGUUGUAAAUGAAAGAGUUAGAGGGAGUUUUUGAUAGCCAGUGACCAAAACUGAUAAAACAUAUAGUGGAUUAAAUAAUGGGUUGAGCUAGACCUUCUUAUUAGGAAUAUUGUAAUUGGCCCAUCUCUUCUCUAAGGAAGCAAAAGUUUUAUUUUCAAAUCAAGAACCUAAAAUCAGAUGAGAAACCGGAGACCCAUGUGGUGUCCCUUCUUUGUCUGUGCAGAACACACAGGGGCUGGAACCGAGACAUUUCAUGCCUGGCUUCCAAAGAUAAUCACGUUUAGCACUUAUGUCUUUGGCGAAGGAAAAAAAAAAUCAAUUUUUGCUGUAGAAAACCAUCUGUGUUUAUUCAAUUGACAGAUACUACCUUUCAAUCUAUUUUAAAUUGAGACUCCCUGAGGCAGGCAGCUCAACAGUGAUAGAUUAAGCAAUAAACAAAGCAGUUUCCCCAGCAAGGAAGGACUGCUGCUAGCAGGGAAGGUCCAGCUGCCAUUGGGAGUGAUAUUCUACAGCAAGAUGAUCCUCCCUGCUUAAUGCAGACAAAGCCCCUCCCUGCUGAUGAUUUUAUGAUUCCCCAUAAACAUGGAUGGCUCAACCCAGUUCUUCUGGCUGCUCUUACUUCCCCACUGAAUCUAGCUUUCUGCCUCAUUAGCAAGGCCUCUUUGCCCCACUAAUAAUUUGGUUCUUCAGCUUGGAGGAUGGAUAGCCCAUAGGGAAACUGUUCAGAAGCUGCUACAGAUGAAGCAACCUUGUCUUGUUAUGAACAUGAACACUGAACAGAAAUAAAUGAGCUUGGCUAUAGGACAUGGGAGAACUUGGGUUAUAAAGUUCUUGUUUCCGCCAAAAGGAGAGGUUAGUUAUUGGUUUCCAAGCCCCAUCAUAUGUCAGAUGGCUUCUAGGAAAAGAGAUUAUCUUUGUUUGGAGAAUGAUAUGUUGAAUGGCACCCUCAUCCGUUGACUAAAAGGUGGCUAAGUCACUUCCCCCAGAAGCCAGACAGAAACAGUUGCCCUGAGGACCUGACUGUAUGAGAACUGAAUAAACAGUGUACCUUGAAUCUUGGUAAAAAAGGGGAGAUAAACACUUUCCUGCCAUCUUCUCUCUUCUUAUCCAUACUAGGAGGACACUGUUGGGAGAGAAUGGAUUAGAAAUAGCCUUGGCAUUCUGGGAAGAACAGAGAAUAUUUUACAAAAUUCAUCUACCCAUCAUAGGAUGAACUAAGAACUGAAAGGAAGCAGUUCUUGCUUUUAUGGGACCAAUCUCUCUUUCUCUCUUUCUCCAUGUGCAUGUGCACACAUGCUAUUCAGGAAAACAUAACAGCCCUAGGCUCUGCUUUCUUCUAUGUCCAGAUUGCUAUUUCUCCCAGCCACCCCUUACCACAGCGUACAGACACAAUGUAUUUAACACUGCUCUGUUCUUACUAUAACUUUACCCUUCAGGAUCAGUGAGAUAGCUCAAUGGGUAAAGGCACUUACUACCAAGCCGGACAAGGUGGGUUCCACCUGAAGAACCCAUGUGGUAAAAGGGGAGAACCUCCACGCAUGCCCCAUACAUAACCACCCUGACCAACACACACACACACACACACACACACACACACACACACACACAGAGAGAGAGAGAGAGAGAGGGAGAGAGAGAGAGAGAGAGAGAGAGAGAGAGAGAGAGAGAGAGAAUCAAUCAUUUGGGCCUUCAAAGAUAUCCUUUAUUUAGAUAAAGGAGGAUCAUAUGUAUGCUCCAGAAGAAUAUCUAUCUAGAGCAGUCAACAGCACAAAAAGAACAAAGUUUCCUCUUAUGUUAAAACUGCACUGGAUGGAGUUCAAAUAUCUUCAUAAAGUUUCAAGGUUGCACAUGUGUUCAAUUUUGGAACCUUGUGUUAUACUAUUAUGAUCCAUGAUUAAUUCAAAAGAAUAUUGCAUUUACCUCAUGUUCAUGGUCUAUAAAGUAUUCUCACACUCAUUACCUCAUUAAACCAUAGGUUUUCCCACUAGCCAAAGAGCCCAUUUCCAUCCUUUACUAUGGGAAUUUAGAAGUAUUAAAUUCACUUGCUUGUGACCAUCUAGCACUGAAUUAAAAUGCCCAUGGAACCAUGGGACUGAAACAUGAGCUGUCAAAAUCAGACCACAUUUGACCUACAAGAAAGCUGUUUCAUCCAUGCUGCAAUUUAAUCUGAUUCCCAUUUGCUCUAAUCUGAAUUAACUAUGCUUUAGACUUUGUGGUUCGUUCUGUGAAAAUGACCAUCACUGCUUCCCUGGUUUUCUUGGUACAAAGGAGUUAGUAAGAUUUUCUGGGCUGAAUAGAAGUGGGGAUAACUUCCCAUGUUAUAAGGAAAUGGAAGGCAGAGACACAGGACAAGAUGCUUGAGGGAAAACGAUGGUUAUGAAAUGUGUAACAUUUAUCCAGAAUCUGAAUGAAGUCCUGUGGCUUUGAAUGUGCUAGCAGGCUAGGAAGGUGAUGUCACCAAACAUUCAUAUAUGAACUGCUAUCCUGUUUCAAGACCAUUACUUUAAUAGUCCUAAGGUUACAUGGAAGAGUCAAAUGGCAAAAUACACAUAUAGGCCAGAAUUUUUCUUCCACCCAGUGUUUCUUCCCAAAUUCAGGGUGUGUGAGAAAUGAAGCUCACAGGACUUAAUACAAAGCUCUCUUGUAGAUUUGUCCAAAAGCCAGAACUAGUGGUAGACUCAAAGGGAUCAAAACAUACAGGUAAAGGAUUCACUGGAGGCCAAAGCUGAGAUGCAGUACAAACUGGUGGAGCAGGGAAAUCCCUGAGCUUACACACUCAUCCCAACCCAGAGAUAUACUUCAGUUUGCAAGCAUCAACUGAAUCACAUUGUUGUAAUCUCAGCAUUCAAGAAGCUGGGGCACAAGAAUUGUUGUAAGUUCCAGGCCAGCCUGGGCUACAUAAUGAGACUUUGUCUCAAAGUAGCAACAAACCCCAACUCAACAACAAAUAACUCAACAAUAGAUAAAGUCAGAGAAGAUGACCCAAGUAUUCACAAUCUGGCCUUCUUUGAUAUCAGGAUUCAUUGGAGAAGAGGGAUCAGGAAAGAGUCAGAGCCACUCACUCCCUCUCCAUCGUCUCACUAAAUGAAUAGAUAUGGCAAUGGUUGAUUUCUAGGAUCCUGGAGACAGAGGCUACAUGAAUGGCCUCUAAUAGAAAAAUACUUUGUGGACUAAGGAACUUGGCCAGGAACUCAAAUAUGCAUCAGUAGUCAAGAUGCCUAGCUCUGGAUGUCCUGCUGGAAUCUCAGAUUCUAUGGUCUCUCUGCUCCCUCUGAGCUCCACAUUUCUAGGAGCUAAGAUUUAUAUUUCCUCAAAUUCAAAACUCACUCCCAGAAUAAUAGAACAUAGUGAGACUUUCAUAACUUUAUGGUUUCUUAAGAGAAUCUUUUUAAAUGGAUGAUAAAACUUCAUAUAUUCAAGACUUCAUUAACUCCCAGACAAGCUUGAAUUUUUUUUCAGUAUAACUCAGGACCUCAAUAUUAAAGACAUACUGUAGAAUUCAAAGUUUUCUUUAUGUUGGCCUUAGCUAUUGACAUUGAUAUGCUUAUGACAAUGACAUACAGGGUUUGAGGUGACACAGUCCAGUGAGUUGUGAAACUACAUGGCACAAGCUUCUUUAGUGUUAUUUUAUGUUUUGUUUUAAAUACUAGGCACAUGUUAUAUAAAUUAUAAUUGUACUUGUUAAUCUUAGCAUAAAUAUUUAUUGCUUUGAAAAAUGCACUCUGGGUUAAAUAACUCAGAAUGAGUUCCAGGUGUGGGACUUAUUGUAAAUAAUGUCAUAGUUUGGUUUUGUCUGGAUUCUUUGGAGUCUACACAAUUAAUGAAUCGUGUAGAAGAAGUUCGCAACACAAUGCAACAGACUCAGAGCCUUUUAACUUUGCCGUGUGUGUAACUGUGUGGCUGGGUAAACCUUGCUCAGUAGAAAGUGUACUCUAUGAUUGAUUUGGAUUUUUCCAGAAAUCUUUCCAAUACUACUCUCCCAUCAUAUGUGCUCUCUAUGACAGUAGCUCAACUCCAGUGUAGAAAACUGAACAUUCAAAGUGGUAGAAAAUAAGUACUUGCUUUUGUUUUUGUGACAUAAUAAAGUAUAAUUUAUGAACUGGACAAAUGCAUGUAUCCAAUGUUCAAUAAAAUAGUUGUUGCAUGACUGCA